CAAGUGCAACAUUCAUUCAGACGAAUGCAGACGAUGAAAAUGUGUAACAUGAUGCUGAAAACAAGGACCAACCAUUUUCAAUUGAUAAGUUUAACAAUGUUCAUUAUUGUCAAAGUGAAUUGUCAAAAGGGACCAUGUACAGACAAUUCAAUAACUGGAUGUUGUGCUGGUACGGCGUGGGAUAUUUCCUUAGGAAAAUGUGUCGAAUGCAGGCCAGGCUAUGUUGGUUUUCAGUGUGACACUCUUUGUCCGUAUCCUUAUCACGGAAAGCUCUGUUCAAGUACGUGCAAUUGCUCUAAAUAUGAAUGUGAUCCGUCUGUAGGAUGUGUAGAUGAUACCACUGGACAAAAUACUUAUUCAAUCCAAAGCUCUACGUUCGACUUCUCUAGCAGACCUGCCAAACGUCUCAAUAGCAGUGCUUGUGGUUUUUCGAUUCCAACUUAUGGCAUAAUCAUCAUAGUGUUGUGUUUGGUAAGUGUGGUAUUUCUCACUGCUUUUAUAACUUUCAUCGUUACAAAGUUAACUUCUACAAACGCUAAGAAGAAAAAUGUAACCACUGAAUAUCAGGGCGUUCAGAAAACACAAAAUUCUGAGAAUUCCUAUGACAAAAUUGAAGUUCCCAACGUUUUCAGAGGAGUGUCAAAUGUUCACAUAAUAUACGAACAAUCAAAUAAGAUGUACAGCAUUAAUCUUGAUCAGAAACUAUCCGAUAAAGAGAACAUUGCAACUGGGCAAGGAAAUCCUGAAUAUGACGACUGCGUAAAUGUUGAAUCAGGAAAAACAACAGGAGCUAUGAACACAGUAGGAGAUAAUGGUUCUGAUAACAAGUUGUACGAAUCCCCAUUUUCGUCAGAGACUAUUGAUUUCUGUGACUGAUAUAGUGUUUAUUCUCUUCAAACUAAAAUAGUGGUAGUGCUUUGUUUUGAACUUAGAGCAUGUAUAUCUUUACUGGAAAAAUGAGUGAACAGAAUGACUGAAUAAUUAAGAAUGAUAACAUAGAACAUAUAAUUCAAGAUUUUGUUGUGUUUGGUGUGUUUAUUUUGUUGUUUUAAAUUUUAAAUACUUGACUAAAAAGUCAGAUUGCACAAGAUUGUCAUCUCUUCUAAAUGUACAUAUAUUUGUUCAAUUGUUUUCAAUAUAUCAAUCAUUGUUUUAAAUUUGUUGUAGGUUAUUUAUUACUGCAUGUAUGUAUCAUGCAUUUCAAGUUUAAUAUUAAAUAUUUUAAUU